AUGGCCAAUGCUGUCGUGGAUACAUUCAGUCUGGCUAGUCUCCUUACCGUUGAUUGGUUGAAUCUAAAUUACCCAUCAACCAUCUACAGAGGAGAGCAUUCUCACUAUAUGUGUAAAUUCUUCCAUUUCUUCGGCUGGGUGAGUAGUGAUUCCGGUGUUUUGUUAACGACAGCAAUGACACUAGAAAGAGGACUGGCGAUAACCUUCCCUCUGAGAUCGUCAUCUUGGUGCACAACAAAGCGAGCAAAGCGGGUGACCGUCUUGGUUUUCAUCUUCGUGUUCCUCAAAGACGUGAACUUCUUAUUCACGUCCGACACCUACGCCCUGAAUGAAUCCGAUCGCUUGUGUUACGUUUACCUUGACUCAGAAAAUUUGAAGAUUUUCUGGAAGUUUGUCUGGCCAUGGAUUCACAACAUAUUCCUUCUUGUAUCAUUUACGGCUAUAAUUAUCAGCAAUAUAAUCAUCAUCAGGCAUAUCAAGAUUUCUGACAGGAUCAGAAAAGAUCAGCACAAUUGUUCAAUGUACAAAUCCAGAGAAUGUCUGCCAGAGUCUGUCAAAACAAAACCAGGAUCCCGCAGACGACAAGUGGCCACCAUGCUGCUGGUCGACUCCUUCACUGUGAUAGUCUGCACCUUACCAUUCUCAAUUUUCACCACAAUAGAUUCGAACACGGUACUUCUGGACGCAUCAAGGAGCGAAAAGGAUUGGAAGAGAUUUAUAUCAUCCAUGUCGUUUUACUUGCUGUAUGUCAAUAGAUGUGUUAACUUCUACCUGUACAGCUGGAGUGGAACUCGUUUCCGAGAAGCUUUGCUAUUUGUGAUUUGUGGUUGUAAACGGAAGCGGAAACCGCUACGAGUUGUGACAAUUAGCUAUUCAAAAGGAAAUACCUGCGGUGUGCAUACAUGUCACAAUCUUACACAAUGA